AUGACUCGAAAGGUCUCCACCGUUAAGUCACCUUCAGUUGUCAAUUUGGGGGGUUCAAAUAAUGGCCACACACAUUAUAAAAGAUCCACUCAUCCAACAUCUGUACCAUUGAAUAAAAUAUUUUCAAAUACGUUUCCACUUUCAGUUAAAGAAUCACUUGAUGAUUAUUCGUUUCGGGACAGUCCAGAAAAGUUCCAGCAUGAUCUCCUUUCGCUUCUUCCCUUCUAUCCGGACGUUGAAAACCAAACUGGUAGAAUAGCCCAAGUUAUCCAAACACCUAUUGAUGAUAAUGAUGCUAAUUAUAUCAAUGAAUUUGUCAUUUAUCCAAAUAAAGAAGCCAUGGCUAAGGAAUCACAAGAUCAACUUAAUCAUUUGGUCAUGGUCCAUGGUUAUGGAAGCGGCCUUGGACUCUUUUUGAAGAACUUUGAUGCAUUGUCUUCCCCCUCAACAAACCCAAAAUCUAAUAAUUGGGUAAUUCAUUCAAUAGAUCUUUUGGGUUAUGGUUGUUCAUCUAGACCUCCAUUUACACCCAAUAAUUUAGAUGCUGUGGAAAACUGGUUCCAUAAUUCCUUCAAAGCUUGGAUGAUCAAAAGAAAUAUUAAAAAUAAAGACCUUUUGGUUGCAGCACAUUCCAUGGGUGCAUACCUCAUGGCCACUUAUGGAAUCAAGAAAAGCCCUGAUUUUUGUAAGAAAUUGAUUAUGAUAUCUCCAGGUGCUGUUAUUAAACAUCGUAAACAACUUAAUGUCCCCAGUUAUUUUGCUGCACUUUGGGAACAAAAUAUUAGUCCUUUCAGUUUAGUUAGAAAUGCUGGACCUUUAGGAUCCAAACUCGUUAGUGGUUGGUCUUCAAGAAGAUUUGCCAAAUUGACUUCAAGGGAAAGAGAACAAUUGCACAAAUAUUGCUAUGGUAUAUUCCAACUGCCAGGUUCAGGAGAAUAUAUGUUGAACUAUCUUUUGGCUCCUGGAGCAGAUGCUAGAUAUCCUUUAAUUGAACGUGGAAUCCAUUUAUUGAAUUGCAAAUUGUCUUGGUGGUACGGGAAAGAAGAUUGGAUGGAUAAAAAAGGUGGCCUACUCUGUUCCAAUAUCAUUAAUAGUUAUCAUAACGAUGCUAACCAAAGCAAUGUCGUUGAAAUUGAAGAUAGUGGUCAUCAUGUCUAUUUGGAUAAUAUUGAUGCCUUCAACGAAAAGUUGAUCAACGAAAUGAUUGCCUUUUAA